AGGUUAGGCUACUGGCUGGGCAAAGCCUCCUGCAAUGAGGCCCUCUGCCUAUUUUUUUUCCAGUGAAGUAAGAUGCCACGCUGCAAAAAGAAGCCAUCAAAUCAAAAUGAGAGGAGUGAAGCUGUCAGUAGCCAAACUUCUGUCAGGAAUGACAAUUCGGCUUUGACGCUUGAACACUUGCGGACACACACCCAUCCGUGCACUACUCAUCCCCACCCUUCCACCUCUGCCUUUAAGGAACCGAUAGCUGGCCCAUCAGGAUUGGCAGCAACCAGGAGACACACUCUCUGUUACGUCCCCAAUCACCACCGCACUCCCUCCUCCAGCUCGAGCAGGAGUGACUCUGUGGACCUUGAUUCAGACAGCUCCUCCUCUGACAGUGACUGCUACAGAGACUCCUGUAACAGGACAGCUCCAACAUUUAAUUGGCUGGUGAGAUUUCUUUGGAGAUUGAUAGACUUUACUGUUGGCCUUGGGAGAUCCCUGAGCUCCUUGUGCUUUUCCUUGCCACGAGACGUUCUUCUACUCAGAGGGGACUAUCACCCUCUGAGAAGGACCGUUGCUGGUCUGACACUUUUGGGAUUAGGUUGUUGGUUCUGUGUCCCCAUCCUAUAUCAACAGCCAUCGGGAUCAGUGAAUACCGCAAGUGGCUUAAACCUGGCCCAGAUCCAGCAACAAUUGAUGGAUAUCCAAGAGCAGCUUACAGAGAAAGAGGCCAACUGGAAAGAAACUUUACUGAAAGAAAUGGGAAGUUUGCCGUUUAAGGUGGAACUGUCCAAAUGGCUGCAGGAGCACCUGUUCACAGGUUCUAAUCCAGAUGCAGAGGGCGUAGUUCUCUGGCCUGAACUGCAGGUGGUGCUGGAGAACGUGGAGAAGAGACUGGUCCAGAGCCUAGCAACCUCUCAGGAUGUCCGCAAGACCGUACAGGAAGCACUCAGUCAAUAUAAAGCUGAUGGAACUGGCAUGGCAGAUUAUGCGCUCAUAUUUUCAGGGGGCAAAGUGAUCAAAUCACAUUACAUAAAACCAUACUGUCCAAAAUCACUUCAACUCCAAACAGAGGGACCUAGUGCUGUUAUACAGCCAGAGGUCUACCCAGGAAUGUGCUGGGCCUUCAGAGGGAGCUACGGCUCGGUCACCAUUGCUCUCUCCCAGUCAGUGAAAGUCACACACGUGACCAUGGAGCACCUUCCCAAGAGUCUUUCUCCAACUGGCCGGAUUGACAGCGCUCCGCAAGACUUUGCGAUAUAUGGAAUUGAUCACGCAGACCAGCAUCAAGAGGGAGUUUUUCUUGGAAAAUUUGCAUACAACAAAGAUGGGGACCCUAUCCAAACUUUUGCUUUAAAAGUGCCUGUUCAGGAUUUUUAUCCUGUGGUGGAGCUGAGGAUCUUGACCAACUGGGGCAACCCAGCGUACACAUGUGUGUAUCGAUUCCGUGUGCAUGGCCAGCCCAAGAAUGCAUAGGAGCAUAACGUCAACAACACCUCAAAAGAAAGCAAGCGUUUUAAAAUGAGUAGGCCUGCACUCACUUUUUUAGUG